AUGAACGCACAACCACACUCAGUAGCCUCUCUGCAGAUGGCUCCUGUUUUGAAACCGCCCUCUGACCCGGAGACUGCGAGUCUGACAGAGUCGCUUAUACUGAAGUUUCAACAUGAGCUCAACAAGAGCGACGCACACAUCCCUGACAGCGCACAGUCUGCGAAGCGGCGCGUGCGAGAUAUGGUGCGACGGUCGCCGCGAAAGCGUGCCGAUCGGCCUUCGUCCAGAGCUCGGUUUCAGUCUCUUUUCGGCAAGAAAAACAAGAAAAACCAUCAGGAACUGUCUGCGGAGCCGGGCCAGGAUGAGCGCAGCACGCUGUUUUCGUAUCCGUCGGCAAAAAUUACGCUCUACGAAGUGUCGCAAGUAAACGAGUCUGCAGCCGACGAAUUUCAGCCAGGACGAAGCGGGAACAUUCUCGGCCAUGGACGCUUUGAAGUUUACCAGAUUCAGAACAAGGACAUCACCUAUUUUUCGUGCGGCUCGGUUGUGUAUCCGAUCAUGCCACGGCUCAAGGUGCUGAAAAUUAGCGCAAGCUCGUUCAUCGUCCCGUUGUACAACCCCGAGCGAUAUUGGAAGAUCACGUUAUCCACUGAAGAUGCGACCACAAUAGCACAACUGGACUCGGUUUUCAGGGGUAUUUGCCAUUUUUGUACCAUGUGUGAUUCGCCGGAUGCAGACGAAGCGGCUGAGCAGCCGAGUGAAGAGCUUGUUGAGGAAAAUGUGCCGUCUGAGUCGCUGAGUCCGUCGCAUUCGAUGUCCUCGUUGAACUCGACAAUAGCGUGCUUUAAUUUGAGCAAAGACAUUGAAACAAGCGAGGCGGACUUUUUGAAACACCCAACGCCAAUCAAACUGAAAUCUGUCUCGUCGUCUUUGGACUCGAUUCUGGAUCGGUUCCAACUGGACUCGGACGAAGAGGACGAAGACGGCAAAGUAGAGAAGGCGGCGGCAGACGAGAACGAGUCUACGGUCAUUUCCAGCACCAUGAUGUCUUUUGAAGGCGACAGCAGGGCUCGCAUCCUGAACAAAAGGUACUCGUUGACGUUCAAAGAGUGCGAUGUGAGCAUUUCAAGCCUGGACUUCGACAUGGGUUUUUUGAAAGAGGAGGACGAAAACGGCGAAAUCAACGGAGCUAGCAUCUUGAAGGCCUCGCGCUCGAUGCAGCUUCUAAAGCCCGCUACUACCAGACCCUGGAGCACGCGAGUGUUUGGGUGGUAA